GUCUGAAGCAUUUGAUAAUACGGGGAGUUGGAGUUUGAGCCCAAAUAGAAGCAUGACGACGGCUCCUUGUAGUUCUGGGACCUUUCUCAAGACCCCAACUCCACUGCUCUCUUCUCCGUCAAAUUUCCGAUCGUUGAGUUUCAUCAGUCUUCCCUUUUCUCUGUGCGCGAAGCUUAAACCCAGUACUGCUUCACGCCCUCUUACAGUAGUAACUGCGACCCCCAUGGCGAGUGAACAGAGUUCAGUUAAAGCGGUUGAUUCCGUGCCCGAUUCUAACAUCAAGCUCUUGUUUGUUGAAAUGGGCGUCGGCUACGAUCAACACGGACAGGAUAUUACGUCAGCAGCAAUGCGGGCUUGCAGGGAUGCCAUUUCCUCUAACUCAAUUCCCGCUUUCAGGAGAGGUUCUAUACCUGGUGUUUCAUUUGGUGAGAUGAAACUACAGAUUAAAUUGGGAGUUCCUCGACCGCUACAGCAUUUGUUGGAUAUUGAGAAGGUCAAGUCAGUUUUCCCUUAUGGAACAAUAUCAAUUGUUGAGGUUGUCGACGGGGGACUGAUAUGCUCGAGUGGGGUGCAUGUCGAAGAAAUGGGAGACAAGAAUGAUGACUGCUACAUUGUAAAUGCAGCUGUCUAUGUUGGUUAUUAAGUUUCUAUCACAAUCAGACCUGGAAGUGUGACAAGUUCCUAAUCUUGCAGAAGUCAUGCUAGAGAUGAUUCAAAGUAUCAGGCAAUCAAAGCAGGCUUCGAGCUAAACCUGGCAUGAUCUCUACCAUAAACAGCAGGACCAGCUUUAGGUAUCUCCAGUGGAUUUGUUGUAGCUUUAAUUGGUUGUAUCUACCUCUAUACAAACUUGAUUUUGAGCCAGCACAAUCUUUGUCCCUGUUGAUAUAAUAUAAUUAAUUUUCUUUCGAGUAAAUGUUGCGUGAUUUCUUGAAACACUGAUAGGACUACCAGGAAUGUUAGCAAGAGUAAUGCUAAACGUUUACAGCAUACAUUAUCUGCUUUCUCCCACAAUCAAAUAAAUUCAAUGACCUUGAUUAUUUUA